CCUCGUUUCCAGCACUUCGUAUUUCCAACAGCAAGAUGUAUUCAUUGUCUUUUAACUUCUUCAUACCUAGGUGACAAUUUUCUAAAGGGAAAGAGACGAAAUUUGAUGCUGCAGAUGUCAUGAGAUGACUUACAUUCGCUUCAAUUGACCCGCAUAACCCCACGGCCACCAUGGGCGUCUUCUCCCUUUUCAGGGGCCUCUACGACCUCGACACCCUCGACACUCGCUUUACCAACUCGUCCACGACGCCAUACAAGACGGUGAUUGAAUCCCGCGAUGAUCCGAAUGCGAUCAAGGAGCGGGCAGCCAAGUUCAGCGGCAGGACGAAACCGUCGAAAUGGAACACGCCCGAGUUCUAUCUCUACUAUGUCUUCCUCGCCUGGGUCAUACCUAGUAUGUUCUGGAUAGCGUAUGAUGCGUCAAAAUCUUCGAAUCCGCAAUACAAGCAUUACGAGCGCUACCUGUCUCCAGGCUGGAUACCUGGACGCAAGAUCGAUAUUUCCGAUGAUCAGUACUAUACAUUCCGAAAAAAUCUGCCUUAUAUGGGGGCGCUGCUCGUCCUGCACCCCCUUUGCCGCCGGCUAUACAAUUCGAUCUUAUACCGGGUAGCGACCCAUGCCCACACCACUCGACCGACGUUGGAGGAGGCCGAUGAGAGACUGAACCAGCGGGCGUCUUUUGAUUUUGGCUUUGCCUUGAUAUUCCUUGUCGCUCUUCAUGGUGUUUCGGCAAUCAAGAUCCUGGCCAUUUUAUAUGUGAACUACCAUAUAGCAACUACGGUACCGCGGAAGUCGGUGCCUGUCGCAACUUGGGUCUUCAACAUUGGCGUGUUAUUUGCCAAUGAAAUGUUCGACGGCUACAAAUUUGCGUCUCUUGGGGCUAUACUUUCUGGUCCAUCCGAGCAGUCCCUGGUGGCUUCAGAUCCGGCCUUGCUGGCAUGGUGCAAGUGGCUAGAUACCUACGGCGGUAUAAUGCGCCGGUGGGAAAUUCUCUUCAACAUCACCGUACUUCGGCUCAUCAGCUUCAACAUGGACUACUACUGGAGCUUGGACCGCCGAAGCCAUAGCCCACUCGAAAAACAAUUAGAUCCGGCUGCUCUCAGCGAGCGUGACCGCGUCACUAUCCCAGCGCAAGCCAGGGACUUCACCCUCCGCAACUACAUUGCCUACACCAUUUACGCGCCCCUUUACCUCACGGGCCCCAUCAUCACUUUUAAUGACUAUAUAUCACAACUGCGUUACAAGUCCGCCACCAUCGAAACCCCACGCCUCAUUCGCUACGGCAUCCGCUUUGCCCUGACCCUUCUAGCCAUGGAAGUGAUUCUACACUUCGACUACGUGCAGGCCAUCUCCAAAGCGCACCCCGUUUGGGACGAGUACACAGCCUCACAGCUGAGCCUGCUCAGCUACUUCAACCUGCAUUUGAUCUGGCUGAAGCUGCUUCUCCCCUGGCGGUUAUUCCGACUUUGGGCCCUGGUAGAUGGCAUCGACCCGCCGGAGAACAUGCUCCGCUGUGUCAGUGACAACUACUCGACACUCUCCUUCUGGCGCUCCUGGCACCGCAGCUACAACCGCUGGCUGACGCGGUACAUCUACAUCCCGCUGGGCGGCUCGUCCUUCCGCGACGGCAAAUCAGCCAUCCGCUCCAUUUUCAACUACGUGCUCACCUUUACCUUCGUCGCUCUGUGGCACGACAUUAAACUGCGCCUGCUCAUCUGGGGCUGGCUUGUCGUCUUCUUCAUGCUGCCCGAGAUGGUGGCCCGCAUCGUAUUCCCAGCACGGAAGUGGGAGAGCCAUCCCACGGCAUACCGUAUGAUCAGCUGUGUUGGAGCCGUCGCUAAUGUGUUGAUGAUGAUGAUGGCUAAUCUUGUGGGGUAUGCUGUUGGUUUAGACGGGCUGCAAAACAUUUUGGCGGGGAUUUUUAGGGAUUUCACUGGCAUGACGUUCCUUGUAACAGCUUGUCUAGCACUGUUUGUCGGUGUACAAGUCAUGUUUGAGAUCCGCGAGGCAGAACUGAGGAAAGGCAUAUGGCUCAAGUGCUGAUCCCUGGCUCUAGUUAUUCCAUCGAAUUGAAAUUGUCGUUGAUAGAAUGUAAAUAAAACACUUGCACAUAAUCCAGUAG